UAAUAUUUUAGUUAUUCUAGCAUUUUUACUCGAUAAACAAAUACGUCAAGGUGGAAUGUCAAAUUAUUUAAUUAUUAAUUUAGCUGUUAGUGAUUUAUUAUUAGGUAUAGCUGUUCUACCAUUAUCAGCUUCAUAUAGUACAUUAGGAUUAUGGUAUUUUGAAAGAUUUUUAUGUGAAAUGUGGUUAGCUAUCGAUGUUUUAUGUUCAACAGCAUCCAUAUGGGGUUUAUUAAUGAUUGCUUGUGAUCGUUAUAUAGCCACAAAUCAUCCAAUUCGUUAUCGUCAUCAUCGUCAUUCAUAUCGUAUUGCUCUUGGCUAUGUUUUUAUUGCUUGGUUUGUUAGCAUUGCUAUUUCUCUUUUACCAGCAUUAUUUUUCGAAAAAAAGACAACAAUUAUUAUUGGUAAUCGUACAGUAUCCGUUGUACCAAUUAAAUAUUCAGCUACAGAGAAAAAAUGUGAUUUAUAUAAAGAUUUAAAAUUUGUUGUUACAAGUUCAAUUUUAUCAUUUUAUUUUCCAUUAAUUAUUAUGAUAUUUCUCUAUGCAAAAGUUUUAUAUGCAAUUCGACAACAAUCAAUGAAAAUGAAUAAAAAACGUCAAAUAACAUCAUCAACUAAACAGAAUAGUGUCAAAGAUACAGAAUAUCAGAAAAAACAGAUAUUAGUUAAUGUUCAUGAAAAUAAUAAUGAUACGACGACGACAGAAUAUACGCCAAUAUCAAAUGAGACGACACCAUCCCAUUCAUUUAAAAAUAAAAAAUCGAAUAAUUCAAAAUUUCAUCAAUUUUGUAAAAUAUUUCGUCAUCAAACAUUAACUUCUACAGAUGAUAAUCAUCCCGAUAAUUAUCGUCAAAAACAUAAACGUUCAAAUUAUUUUAAAUCACUUAUUUGUUUUCCAAAAUCGUCCUUUACAUUCCGUCGUACAAGUCAAUCAUCUAUUACAGGAACUGAACAAGAACUUACACAAAAUGGUGAACAAAUACCAGGAAAUAUACAAAAUCAAAAUAUUCGUUUAUCACGUCGUGAUAGUGAUACACAACAUCAACAACAUCGACGUGAAAUGACACAAGAAGCACGUGUAACACGUUCAUUAGCUGUGGUUAUUGGUUGUUUUAUUUGUUGUUGGCUACCAUUUUUUACAUUGUAUAUUACACGUGCAGCAUGUAAUUGUCUUAGUUUUGAAGCUAUUGAAUUUUUUGUUUGGUUAGGCUAUUCAAAUUCAUGUUUGAAUCCGGUGCUCUAUGCAAUACUAAACAAAAAUUUUCGUUUAGCAUUCAAAAAUAUUAUUAUGUCUGUGAAAAAAUUAUGUUGUCUAUUUAAAUUUUCUCAUUAA